CGGCUCUUUAUGGGGUAGCCCUAGAAUUAGGGUCCUUGGGGUUUAGUUUAAUCGGAGCUGCCGGUGUGAACAGCAAUCCGGAGGUGAAGUCAUCAUAAAGAUGAUGUCUCAGGGCUCCAGCUGGCUUCUCCUCCCAAUUAUUUUAGUGAGUCUUCACAGCUGUGCGUUUGCCAGGAGAGGGCAGGAUUUGCAUUGUGGCGCUUGCAGGGCACUUGUCGAUGAGUUGGAAUGGGAGAUUUCUCAGGUGGAUCCUAAGAAAACCAUCCAGAAAGGAUCUUUCCGGAUAAACCCGGAUGGCACACAGUCAGUAACGGAGGUACCAUAUGCCCGGACAGAAGCUCAUCUGAUGGAAGUGCUUGAACGUGUGUGUGAAAAGAUGGUAGAGUACGGUGAGAGAACAGACCCAGACACACAACGCAAAAUGUAUGUGCGUGUAUUGUCGCGUGAUGGAAAGACAAUGGAUGCUUCCGCAACCAACACUGAUAGAGAUGUGAUAUCAAACCUAAAAUUUACGUGUGAACGUAUCGUGGAAGAGUAUGAGGAUGAACUUAUUGAAUUCUUUUCGCAUGAAACUGAAAAUGUGAAAGACAAACUGUGCAGUAAGCGUACAGAUCUCUGUGACCAUUCUGUGCAUAUUACGCAUGAUGAACUUUGACCUGCUGUGUUAAAGUACGUGUGGACCAUGAUGCUUGUUCAUGUUAUGUUUACAAAGGAGGAGAGAAUGUGAAUACAAUUGUGUAGCACAAGGUUUUCUUUGUUCACGUUUUUUACAUUAAAAAAACUAAAGUACUUGGAGCCAUAGUAAUUUCUGUUUUUAUGAUACAGAAUAAAAAUAUUUUCUACACGAUGCAGCUAUAUUUAAAAAAGAAUGGCUAUACUGUAUAGAAUGCAUCUCUUCUCCAAAAAUCAAACUGAAUGGGCCUCCCACAUUAAGCUUUGAAAAGGAGUCCUUUACAAGAGAAAAUCUUUCCAAAAUGCUGCUUCUAUGUAAAGCUGGAGAGUUUCUCUUUUUCAGAAAACUUUACAACUGUGCCCUGCAAUUGAGAUUGAAAAAUGUUAAAACCUGUUCUUCGGUCCCCAUCAAAUCACUUGUACUUUUUAUAUAUUUAUCUUAAUAAACUGCAGUUAAUUUUCA